GAAUUUUGGGAGCAAUAAUGUUGGAUUUUCGCGAGUUAUACACAUAACUAGUAAGUGCUCCAGCAAAUGGGAAGUUAGUUCAAGUUAGACGACCAAAGUUGCUGUUUCGAGGAUUUUCCAGUUGAAGGACUAAAGGUUGAAAAGUUAGUAAUGAAACUCACAAUUCUCCUGUUCCUUACACUAUGGAUGCUGUCGUUUGCUGAAUCUCAAAGUUACUACCAGCAAAAUGAUCCUGAUCCAUAUGAUCGACAGCAGCAAGCCAAUACUCGAGAUGUUUCUAAUUAUGAAGCUCAAGGACGUGCAGCUUCAUAUAAUUCAAAGUUCGCUGGUUCGAGAAACGAAGAGGAAGCCAGACUUAAUUUUUACCGACGAAGAUAUCGAAGACGAAGGCCAUCUUACUAUUCCGAUCCUUGUUACCGAAGACGAAGAUCAUAUGGUCGUAGUACUCAAUCUACCAGGGAUCAAGGCCGUUUCCUUUGGGAUAUUAACGUUCACAAUUAUUAUCCCGCCAGUCCAGUAAGACCGUCAUUGGGUUUGCUCAGUGACUAUGACUGUGAAUAUGACUAUUAUAACCAACCUGCAUUCGGCGGCCUCGGAAAUUUUCUGGCAUUGUUUAGUCCUGGUGGACUUUUGAAUCCCGGCGCGAACAGACCUCAAAGACCACAAGCUCCUAUCGGAGGUGAUGUUGAUCCAGGUGUUGAUCCACAAAAUCCAGAUGAUAUAUUUGACCCGGUUUACGAGGAUCCACCCACUCGUCCUCAAUUUGAUGAAUCACCAAGACCUCCAUCAGUUCCUCAGCUUGUCGGUGGCACAGCCAGUUUAGUGAAUAAUUUAAUUCAAACUUUAUCAGGAAAUCGACCAAUUUCCAGACGACGUUCAUAUUCUGGCAAUCGUAACACAUCUAGCAAUCGUAAUACUCGUAUCUCCGGGAAUCGUAAUAAUUCCGGCAAUCGAAGAUACUCAGGUUAAUGAAUUCCUUGAGUUUCUUCUAUCAGUAAUCAAAAUAGUUUGUACAUAUUAUUUUUAUAUACUCUUUUGUAAUUUAAUGAACUUUCAAUAAAAUAGGUGUAUUUGUGCCAA